AUGGUGAACAUCAUGAAGCUUUUGGAGGCAAUGGGACCACAAGCGAUUCCGUGGAAAUGCUUCCAUAAAAUUCCAGACUUUGCUUUCCCAAUAGGAAACAACAUUGGGUCGAUCAAAGAGGACGCAAAGGCAACCGUUGGUCUGAUGCUGGAGCAGAUUAACAUAAUAUUUUCGCAAAACUUCACCAAGACUGACUGGAACAUGACAGUCGCUGAACACUUCCAAACAGCUCUGGACCAGCAGUUCGUGCAGUGGGAGAAGUGCUCUGUUACAGCGACUGAAAAUCAAGCAACAUUUAAAGAGAUCCGUACAAAGCUCAAACUGAAGAGCUACUUUUUAAGACUAGACACAUUCCUAAAGAAUGAAGAAUACAGUUCUUGUGCCUGGGAAACUGUGCGACAUGAAAUUAUGGGCAUCCAGCUUGUAUUCCUCGACCGACUUUUGAGAACUCUUCAAAGCUAA